GUUACAACGGAGAAAGAGUUUGGACAUUCAUUAUUCCAACCGAGUAACGCCGUUUCACAGACAAAGACCGCAACAGCGUCGUCGUUCAACUUCAACGGAACCUCUUCAUCUUCUUCUUCUGAAGAGUGUUUUCUUUUUUUUUUUGUAACUCUGGAACUCUUACGUUAGACGCUGUCUUCAAGAUUUUUUUUUUUGUAACGGGAUCUUGUAAAGAGGAUUCACUGAUUCAGAUUGGUGACAAAACUUGACAAAGCGAAUGGUUUUGUUGUCGUGAAUAUUUCUUCUUUUGUUUUUUUUUGGGGGGGGGGGGGGGGGGGAGGGGGGGCGUUGACUUGUGUUGAACCAUGUUGAGCCGCGGGGCGCAUGGCGAAGUGGUUGGUUCUGGUGAGAGUGGUGAGGAUGAGCUGUAUGAGCAGCAGUGGAAGGCAUGCGCGGGACCACUGGUGGAUGUUCCUCGUGUUGGCCAGAGAGUCUUCUAUUUCCCACAAGGCCACAUGGAGCAAUUAGAGGCUUCAACAAACCAGGAACUGAAUCAGAGGAUUCCUUUGCUGAAGCUUCCCACGAAGAUCCUAUGUCGAGUUGUGAAUGUUCAUUUACUGGCUGAGCAAGAAACGGACGAGGUUUAUGCGCAAAUUACUUUGGUGCCGGAAUCUAGUCAAGACGAGCCUACAAAUGCUGAUCCGUGCACUGCUGAACCUCCAAGAGCACCAGUUCACUCGUUCAGCAAGGUCUUGACUGCUUCAGAUACCAGCACCCAUGGAGGCUUCUCCGUUCUCAGGAAACAUGCCACGGAAUGCCUUCCUGUGUUGGACAUGUCCCAACCAACACCAACUCAGGAAUUGGUUGCAAAGGAUCUUCAUGGUUAUGAAUGGCGCUUUAAGCAUAUAUUUAGAGGUCAACCACGCAGACACUUGCUCACGACUGGCUGGAGUACUUUUGUGACCUCCAAGAGAUUAGUUGCUGGAGAUACCUUUGUGUUCUUGAGAGGGGACAAUGGGGAAUUACGCGUGGGCGUAAGACGUCUAGCUCGUCAAGCAAGUAGCAUGCCUUCAUCAGUGAUUUCUAGUCAAAGCAUGCACCUGGGGGUUCUUGCAACCGCCUCUCAUGCUGUUGCAACUCAGACUCUUUUUGUAGUAUAUUAUAAGCCAAGGACGAGCCAAUUCAUCAUAGGCGUGAACAAGUAUUUAGAGGCUAUGGACAAAAAGUUCAGUGUCGGCAUGAGGUUUAAGAUGAGAUUCGAGGGGGAUGAUUCUGCUGAGACUGACAAAAGAUUUUCGGGUACCAUAGUUGGAGUGGAAGAUAUUUCUCCUCAUUGGGUAAAUUCAAAAUGGCGAUCACUCAAGGUUCAAUGGGAUGAACCUGCAGCUGUUCCCAGACCUGAUAGGGUCUCACCAUGGGAGAUAGAACCCUUUGUUGCUUCUGCUUCUACACCCUCAGUUCAACCUACUAUGGUAAAGACUAAAAGGCCCCGGCCACCCAGCGAAACUCCAGAUGUUGACACAACAUCUGUUGCUUCUGUUUUCUGGGAUGCUGGUCUGCAACAGGCUGACAUGGCACAAAAAAAUGUUUUGGCGGAAAGCAAAUGGAAUGACAAUACUGGUACGUGGCAUCAUAUGCAAACUGACAUGAAUAGUAAAAGCAACAGUGGCAACACUAUGUUAAGGAAUCAGACAGAAGGAAGUUGGCUAUCUUCUCCGCAUUCUAGUUGUCCCUCUCAUUUGUUUCAGGACGUAACAGAUGAUAGCAAGAUUGUCUCAGCUUGGCCGGUUUCAAAGCCUCACUCAUCCAAAUUGAACAAUGAUCAUGUGCUCGACCAAGUUGACAAGGAGAGCAAAGUUGAGACUGCUACAAGUUAUCGGUUGUUUGGAAUUGACCUUAUUGAUCCUUCUAGGAACUCUCCUUCUGUAGAGAAGGCAUCUGCACAAGCAGUAAAUGUACCCAAAGUUACUACUGAAGGCUGUACCAGCACCUUGUCCCGAACCGAUGCUGGCCAUAAGUCAGAUGUAUCAAUGGCUUCUUCCAUGGAGAGGAAACAAGAACAGCUGCAAGUAUCACCAAAGGAUACUCAGAGCAAGCAAAUUUGUAGAAGUCGAACCAAGGUUCAAAUGCAGGGAGUUGCAGUGGGUCGUGCUGUGGAUUUGACCAUGUUGGAUGGGUACGGUCAACUUAUAAAUGAAUUGGAGGAUAUGUUUAACAUCAAGGGACAGCUUCAACACAGGAAUAAGUGGGAAAUUGUCUUCACUGAUGAUGAAGGUGACAUGAUGCUUGUGGGAGAUGAUCCAUGGCCCGAAUUCUGUAAUAUGGUGAGAAGAAUCUUCAUUUGUUCCAGCCAGGAUGUGAAGAAGAUGAGUUGUGGAAGCAAACUGCCAAUCUCCUCAGUGGAAGACGGGACCGUAAUAAGCUCAGACACGACCGAAACCUGAAACUUUGACAUCUUUCUUGUGGUUUUGCGUUUGUUUGUCAGCAUCCAAAUGCUGAUCCUUCUUCUUGUUGCUUCAAAUUGUUUGUGGGAAGGAAGUUGGUCUAUUUGGGCUGGGUAAGUUUCAUGUUAUUAAAUGUGAAACGCACUAGCUAAUUGUAAACUUAAUUUGUAGAGACACCACCAGGCAUUAAUUGUGCUAGAAAAAAAAGAGACCAAAACAGAUUUCUUUAAUAAAUUAGUAGUGGGAGAUGGCAAAUUUAGGCUUAGUAUAUGUGAAUAUUCAUGUUAAGUUGGAAGAAGAAUGUUGGGGGUUGAUGUUUUGAAAAGACUUGCCUUUUCUAGUCAAGGGGGCUUAUUCAUUGGAGCUUUGUAUGCGUAUAAUGUGCACUUUGUUGUUAUCCUCUAAAAUUUCUAAUCUGGGUGAGUCAAUGUCUGUUGCUGUCAUCAGUGAAUGUAAAUUAUGGCAUUAAAUUGCUUCAAUUGUAGUGUUCAGAAAUACAGUGGUCCCCUGUGCCAGUCACUGAUUCGCCUGACAAAUGGGUUGAAUUUUGCAGGGUGGUGGCACCCCUCAAAAUUCAACAGUAAAAAUUCCAGCAAUUACCACACUGGGAGAAGACCUACUUACUCUUAAGAGUAAAGUCGUGAACACUUACAAAUUUGACAAAUUUAACUAUUGAAUCCGGAUUUAUUUUAAUCAUGUAAUAUUUUAAAUAAAUUGAAUAUUCAUA